GAGAGCUACGCCUCCCUUCACUCUUACACAAGUAUUUCAUGACACCUUCCAUCCUCUCCUUGUGAGCGCGCAACAGCCACACACCACUGAAGGGACAAACUGCAAAGGUUUGACUGCGACUUUUUUCAGCGCUGGCAAUGCAUCUGCACGGGUAAGUGCAUUUCUGUAGCGCAUGUGACUGCAGGCAGACAGGUUGCUUUAUGGUGGGGGGGACGUUUAACUUCGCAGCGAAAAUUACUGCGACACCAUCUUUGCUCAUUGAUGAAAGUGGCACCGGGAGUGCUGCUUUAUUUUACCAUUAAAUGUCAAAUUGUUGCAGGUGAGAGAGAUAUUUAAUACUUAAAGACGUAAAGAGCAGAGGUCUUCAUCUGUAUGUGCACUGAAGUACGUUUCACUGUUCUGAAGAAGGCCUGCAGCUUUCAGGAACUGUGUGUACCUCCCCCUCAAAAGUUACCUUUUCUGCAUUUUACACUUUCUAAAGUACACUUCAAAGAGGAUGUGAAAAUGCUAGAAAUUCAACCAGCUGACAUGAUUGCAGAUAAGUUAUUUUGCCAAAAACUAAGAAUAAAGAAAUAUAUGUUAGUAAGCAGUUAUUCUGCAAAUAAAGAGAAUAACUUUACUUUGCCAUGAACAAACUUUUUAUAGUGUUGGUUACUUCUUUUAAAAAUACUGUCUUUAUCACUGUAUGUUAAACCUGUUUGAUUGAUAGCUUUGCCCUAAUGUCUUUCAGACCAUCCAGUAUAUUGGGAGCAGCCCUGCUUGUUCUCUUGGCAGGUCAUCAACAAUGUGUCUCAGCCACUUAUACCCCCACAGAGGUCUUUGAGAACAAUGGCACCAUGUUUGCAGCCUGUAAAGUGAGACCCAGCAGCACUCUACCCGAGGGUCUGCCUAAAGUGUCUGGCCAGGUACUGUUCAGGCAGGAGUACCCUGAGGAGGUACUCCAAGUCCUUCUCAGGUUCAACGGCUUCCCCACAGAGGAUGAUCAAGUGGCCAGAGCAGUGCACAUCCAUCAGUAUGGAGAUCUGAGCAAUGGCUGUGACUCCACCGGAGGACACUACAACCCAUUAGAGGUGCCGCACCCAAACCAUCCUGGAGACUUUGGUAACUUUGUGCCCCAGCGUGGGAAAAUCAACGCAAUGCUCGAGUCCAAGGCAACACUGUUUGGAGGAGAGUCUGUGAUUGGAAGAGCUGUGGUGAUCCAUGAGAAGUUGGAUGACCUGGGGCUUGGUGGAGACGCUGGUAGUCUGCUGCAUGGAAAUGCAGGCCGGAGGCUUGGCUGCUGUGUUAUUGGGAUCUCUUCUCCCAAUCUGUGGAAGAUGCAGCACAAGCAGUACACCAGGAGUGUGAGGAAAAAUUAAUCCUACUAUGGUGGCCUAGGUCAACUCAUCAAUGGUCCUUGGUUUUCAUUUUAUUCGUUGUUCUUAUUGAAUUAAACCAUGACUCGCCAAACAUCUGUCAAAAGUAGUAGAAUCGAGCUUUAACAGGUGUUUCCAUUUCCGAAUGUGGUUUAAAUUCCAGAGAUAAGAAAUAAUGUUUAAAGUAAAUGUAGUACCACUUUUAAAGCUACAACAAGACAACUGGUUGAAGUUGCCAGGAUCAAGAUUUUAUAUUUACACAACCACUGAGUGAAUCACUAUUAAGUCUGGUGUAGCCAUUCAGGGUUCCCAGGGGGGUAAAUCCUUCCAAUUAUUAAGUGACUGCUGAUUUUUUUAUACCUUCAACUCUCACUGAGCUAAAAAAAUUUAAAAUUUUCGUAAUAUUUUGUGAGCACAUUAUGAUAAAGUACAAUUCUCAUUAGCCUAAUUUACAAUUAACGUUUGGUGCUAAUUAGCUGGAUGCUAACACAACCAUGUUAGGAAGCUAAAUCUGCAUUACAUCAAUUUUAAGCUCUACUUUAAGAGCAGCAUUUUACCAUAUUUCAAACCCUUAAGUAGAUAUAUGAUCGUCUUUUGGACUCUUUACUUUUUGCAGUUUUACGACACAAUAAACCAAUCGCUUAGAGUCUUUAUUUUUCAGAAAUAAAUGUUUUCUGUACAUGUUUCACACACAUUCAGUACACAGGGCUCAAUGGAAUCAAUCUGCUGGUAAAUUACAUGAUGUUGCUUCACUGUUUAUGAAAAAACUAGUUUUGUAAAUGUUCUUAAAUCUGUCUGAUCAACAAAUUCUUCUUAAUCACCAAAUACUUUUCUUCAGCUGCCUUCUGAGGAAGACUAUAAAGGAAAAUGUAAUAACCUAAGUGGAAGAAGUAGUUUUUAUUUUCAUGCAGCAUUUUUUUAAGCUUUAAUAUCAUCGUUGUCAUGAUUGAAAUAGUGUUAAGUAGAUGUGUAUGAGAUAAAAGAUAGGUUAACUGAAUGUUUUACAAUGAAGUUUGUUCAAAUCAAUAAAAUAUAGCUGCUUCUCAUUUUGAGUCAAGUAUAUUCUUCGACUUAAUAUAUCUGUAUUGUUUCUCCAAGAGGUAGAAAAAGUUAGAAAUUUUGACUCUCACUGUCACAUUACAGCUUGAUGUUCAAGGUCAGUUAAUAGCAGUUAUCAUUCUAAAAGGUACAGUGUGUAGAAAUGAGAUAAUUUAGCAGUGAGAUUCUAUGUAGCUAGAAAUACUCCCUUGCUCACCCCUUACCUAAAGGAAGUGAAAGUCUCCUUUGAGAACAAGAAACUGCAGUGAUGUGUAAGUAUGAUCUUUGGGAGCGAUACUCUUCAUUCUCAUCUUCUCACUACUUUUAUUUUAUGCCACCACUCAUUCACCAGAACAAUGGGUAUGUUACUAGUUUGUCACUUUCAUGCUCUUGUAGAAGCAUGGCGGUGAACGAUGGCCUCCAUGUAAGGGGUUCAGCAUCUAGAUACUGUAGAUACUUAAGGCUCACUCAAAGUCAACAAAACAAAAUGAUUCUUAUAUUCAGGUGAUUAUAAUCUAAAUUAAACUUAUUAAACUACAUUUUUAACAAACCUGUUCUGCUAAAUGCCACUGAAUACUACACACUGUACCUUUAAUACAAGUUUAAUCAGCCACAUCUCGUCUCUGCUGCCUCUUACAACAACCACAUUUCUCCACUUUCCAUUCACAGUAAGCAGCUAUUAACUUACUGACAAGUGUUAGAGAUCAAUCUUUUUUUUUUUUUUAACCUGACACAUGCGCAAGGUAUGUUUUGUCCCAGUCAGGAGAGGAAGACGAGAACAGGCACACAGAGCUCUCGCUGCAAACCCAAAGGAAUGAAAACCUCUGACCGCAAACCCAUCAAACAAUUUUCAAGAUGAACUGGAACACCUUUGUGAGUCGGACCAUAUUGCACAACUUCACAUGUGCUCUUGUGCUUAAAGAGAAGCAGAUGUUUGUUGGCAGACAUGGAAGUAAAAAGUUAAGUUGUUAUUAUAGCAGCAUUUUUAUAAAAAGCAAUGAGAUAUGUUGUUCUGGGCUACUGUCUGCAUAUUUAAGAACUAGUUACAUGCAUGAGACUGCAUGAGACCUCAAAAGAACAUUUGAGCUGAACCUUUUUUAAGUUUGUUUUGUGUCAUUUUGCUUCUUUAUCUAUGUAGCACAAAGAAAUGUUACCUUCUGUGGUGCCAAACUAUAUUUUUUUGAUAUUUUUUGGAUUUAAAGUUUAUAACAGAUGUAAGCACCCAUCACCAAAAACAAUCACUUUAAAACCUGUUUGUGGUUGUUUAAUCAUGAUAGCUAAAUGUUAUUAGUCUCCUGAUUAUCAUAAAUAAUUAUUUCAUGUCAUAAUAUCACGUCUCUUUUGUUCUUAAAGUUCUGGACCAUUACUUCCAUCUGCUUUCUGGUUCUGCUCGACAUCCUCUUGCUCUUCUGUAGUGCUGGUAGCAGCAGCAGCAGCAGGGGAAUCAUUGCUGCUGGUGUGUCCUUCUAUUACAAAACACUCACUGUCGACAGUUUCCACCUGAUCAGCUCCAUCCAACUCAAUCUGUGCUCCCUCUGAUUCCUCUGAAGUUUGACGGGAGAGUCCCGACGCAUGAUGUGUGUUUACAUUUGUCAAUUGUUGAGGGGAAUCACUCUGACACUCCUCAUCUUUUGACUCAUCACACGUCAAAGCUGUUGAAGUUGUGCUUUGGGACUGGCCAGUGUUAGAUUCCCCCUCCUUGUCUGGUGUUUUGGUCUCAUUGUUGGACGUGUCUUCCUCGGUUUUCAGGUUUGAGGUCUCGUCUUCAAGUCCCUCUGCAUCACCUGACGCAGC